AUGGAGAAACUGCAACUGCGGCGUUCAGCUAUCGAAGGACGUCUAGGCUACGUCACUUCUCGAGUCCAAGCAAUGCAAAUUGCAACGGCUUGUGUGGAAGAUCUAGACGUAGAACUGGAUAGCCUACGAGAGCUCUGGCAGGACUUCAGGACAGUUCACGACAAAAUUCUCGAACAUUGCGUGGACGAAGAAUUAGAAGAACAUCUGGAAUACGAAAGGUCGAUCGAGACAAGCUACAACCGGACGAGAGCAACACUUCUCCAGUUCAAGCGUCUGAUCAACAACCGAAACGAAGCGUCUACGGCUACAUCGAACACCAAUACAUCAUUUCAAGAAUCAUCGAUAACUCCCGUGGUUCCCGAAUUGCAACUACCAAAGGGCAUUCUACCCAUCUUUUCGGGCGACUAUGGCGAAUGGACAUCGUUCUUUGAUCUCUUCAAGAGUUCUGUUGACCAAAACACGCGGCUCACAAAGGCACAGAAGUUGGUGUAUCUGAAGACGUACACUUUCGGGCGAGCAGCCGCUCUCUUGAGACACAUCAAAAUUGAAGACCGCAACUACGAAGGAGCGUUGGAGGUUUUGAAAAGGCGUUUCGAUCGGCAAGAUCAAAUUAUAAGUCAUCACAUUCAACGAUUCCUCGAUAUUCCUUCUUUCACCGUUGUUUCUGCAAGCAACCUGGCACGCUUGCACGAUACAGCAGACGACGUCAGACGUGCUCUUCAAGCCAUACAACGAGAGGAUUGA